CUUCAGCGUUUGUAUCAAACCCUAACCCUAGCAACAAUGAUUCCAUCCAAAACCUUCCCCGUGAUAUCAUAAUUGAUAUACUCACAAAACUUGCUGUGAAAUCACUUGUAAGGUUCAAAUGCGUUUGCAAAUCAUGGUAUUCCUUAAUUAAAGAUGACAAAUUCAUCAAGCAACAUUAUGAUCAUCAUACUAACAAAAAUUGUCAAAGGUACUUUAUGGUUUCUAGCAGACUCAAUAUGAAGAACCAAAUCGAUUUCUACCACUACAGUAUGGACGUCCCACAACUUGAUUCCAGUAGUACCGCCUCUCUUGUCAAGUCUCCGGUUCCAAUCAAUCAAUUACAAAUGGUCUCUGAUAUACAAUAUUUCUCAUGUAAUGGAAUUAUUCUUAUAUCAUACACUGAUGACAUAAUCAUUCUGUGGAAUCCGGCCACUAGAGAAUCAAGAAGAAUAGCUUGUCCAAUUCGGAGCAACUGGGACAGGACGCUGCCCUGUUGUCUUUAUAAUUUUUGCUACUUUCCGCGCAUUAACGACUACAAAAUAUUUAGACUAGGACCUAAAGUUGUUAAUGGUUACAUGGAGAUGGAGAUUGAUAUAUUUUCAACGAAAGGUAACACCUGGAAAUCCAUUGGUCCUUUUCCUCCAAAUUAUUAUUUCUUUGGAAGUAGCAUUGUUAUGGUAGAUGGGGUUGUUUAUAUGAUGGCGAAGAGGAGUGAAAAUGGUGAUCGCGCUAGUACUAUAGUACGUUUUUGUUUGGAGAAGGAACAGUUUCAGGAGGAAUUAUUGUUUCCCCAUAUGACGGAAAGGACAACUUCUGUUUUGUGUGAUCUAGGAGAAAAACUUUGUUUGAGUAGGAAGUUGGUAGAUUAUCAUGACUACUCAAUGAGCAGUAAUCAUGAAUUUUGGUUGUAUACGAUGAAAACAAAUUCAUGGAAUAAGAUGUUGACAAUUCCUAAUCACUAUUUUUGGUUGACACCUCUAAGCUUUAUGAAGAAUGGAGACAUAUUGUUUCAGUACUAUGUCAACUCUGGAUUCGUGGCUUACAAUUCAACAACACAUAAAUUGAAACAAGUUAAUGUUGCUGGGAUUCGAGCAGGACUUUAUUUCAGAAAAGCUGUAACCUAUGUGGAAACUUUGUCCUCUCCUAAUUCCUAAAGGUUGGAAGUUAUACCUUCUGUUUCAUUAAUUGAUACAAAGUUGUGUUCCCUCUUGAUGCUCUAUAGUCUGAGAUGGUUCAGGUACAUGAAGAAAUGCACAGAUGCCCUAAUGAGGAGUUGUGUGAGGUUAACUAUAGUGUGUAUUAAGAGUGGUAGAGGUGGGCAGAAGAAGUCUUGAAGUAAGGUGAUUAGACAAGACAUGACAUAUCAAAGAUAUAACCCUAGAUAGGAAAAUAUUGAAAGAUAUUGACAUCAAUGAUUAUGGUUGCAGAUUAGUCGGCAAUCGAAUAUUGUCUAGUUCUCUUAUCAAUACGGUUAUUAUUACUCUCCUACUAUCUUAUUCUUUGAUUUUAGUGUUACAUG